AUGAUAUUUGUUAAUAAUAUUAAAAAUCUAUUUAUUACAAAAAUCUAAUAACUCGUUUUCUAAAAAAGCUAUAAUAAAACUUCUCAAAACUAUAACUUAAUAGAAUGUGAGGAAUUAAAAAAACUCAUAGAUCAAAAGGCAGAUAUCAAAAUUUUGUAUGCUUAUUAAGCUCCAAUAUCAAUAUAAAAUAAAGUAAUUAAAUUAGAUCACAUUCCGUAAUCAAUAAUGUUAAAUUUAUAAGAAUUAGAUGGAAAAAAUAAUAGUAAAUAUUAAAAAAUACCAUCUGAUUAAUAAUUUAAUAGUUUAAUGUAAAAAUAAAAUAUAAAAAAAUAAUAAAAAGUUAUCAUUUAUUGCAAUUCGAUUACUAAUUCUACGCGUUUACAUUAUUUAAUGGAUAUUUUUGGAUAUUAAAAUUUAUAUUAUUUAAAUGGGGGAUUAUUAAGAUGGUAUUAAUUAGGUUUUCCUUUAAAAUAGGAAUAUGUUUUAUAAUAAGAGAAUUAAAAUAUUAUAGAAAAAAAAGAUGAUUAUUCAUAUAAAUUAAAUAAAGAAAAAUUAGCAUUUUUAGAAGAUAUAGUAGAAAUAAACUAAAAUUAUAAUAAUUCAGAUUAUUUAAUUAUAGAUACAAGAAAACCUUAACAAUAUUUUGAAGGUUAAGAAUUUUAAUGGAAACAUAUUCCUGUAUUAAAUGUUAUGAUAUAAAAAGAUGGAAGAUUUAUUAAUAAACAAUAAAUAGAGAAUAUUUUUUAGGAAAAAGAUAUUGAUUUAAACAAGUUAAUUAUUAGUACUUGUAAAAGAGGAUAUUAGGCAACUGUUUUUAAUUUUUUAGGCUAUUAUACUUUUGGAGAUUAUUAUAAAGGUAAAGUUUACGAUGGAUCAUGGGAUGAAUAUUUAUAAUAUAAAAUAUCUUAAUAAAAAAACUGA